CUCAACCUUUUUCGGCACCACUUACCGGCGCUCAACAUCAAGGUCCACUCACACCGGAACACGUCGAAGCAAGAACCCGAACGCGUGGUAUCGUGUCAAGUACACCAUGGCUGCGUCUGGUUUCAGUGUACCCUAUCAGUACCAAGCGAUGUCGACAGGCUCAAGCGCUCAAGGUGCAGACGUCUCUGGCCCAUGGUCACCCGUUGCACCGCCAUUCCAGCAGCAUCAAGGAUGGCGGCAGGAACUGUAUCAGGCAUUUCAACCCCAGAGUUAUGAUCAUUUCUUGCCACCACCGUCGCAAUAUAGGAGCAGUCACCUAUACCCUCCGCCAAACUACCCACGCUCUCCCACCAGCAAUCUUUGAGUCCAAUCACACCGGUUACCAGGGACUAUCAUCUCCAACGAAUACACACUCGUCAUACUCGACGCCAUCUCAAUCAGCUGCCGUGCCGGAAAACACAGCAAACGAAGCGUUCAAUAGAGGCCAAUCUGUUCAAGCAAUGAGUGGUGGAGGUGUUGAACAGCCUCGUCAGGCACUUCCAGUGCACCCGAGACCCUCAGCAUCACACCAGCUCCCACAGUCAUACCAGAAUCAGCAGCGACAGACUGAUCGCAACGCCGAAAUCCGCCAUAUCGAGUAUGCACAACGACGAUUGUCCGGCAACCUUACUACGCAAGGCCGCCGUUCAGACCGUAGCUCAUCUCCACGCACUUCAGCCCGCCGAAGUUUUGACAGGUACUCAGGGGAUCUACCACUAUCUAGCACCUCCUCCGAUGUAGAAGAGGCUGCAGCUCGAUCGCCGCCUUCCAAUCGCAUUAGGCAUCGGCCAAGGGAAAGUCGGCCACGUUUCUUCAGCCAGCAUCAUGACCCCAACGUAAUCACCGACCGCCAGAUCCAAGAGCUCAAGACAAGUCUACCUAGAUUUCUCCUUGGUGGUUUGCCAGAAGACACAUCUCCAACCUGCGACAUCUGCGCGAAAGACUACUCUGCGAAACAUGUGCAGCCUUCGGAGGAGGAUGAGGUUGCUGUGAAGCUUCCGUGUGGUCACAGUUUUGGGGAGUUCUGCAUCGGCCAAUGGGUAUGUAAGUCCACCCUAAGGAUUAUCUGAAGCUGACCAGAACUCAGUUCGACACUUGCAAAACACAUAAAAACAAGGUCACCUGUCCAAUGUGCCGCAAACAAUUGGUUGAGCCACCGCCAUCGCCGUAUACGGUGGGUUACUUGAACACGAAUCCGUACCUGUACGCCGCCCGCAACUCACGAUCGUUUCAAGAACUGCUGGCCAGCGAGCUCCAGGCGCAGUAUGCGCAUGCGUGAUCAGGGAGUGGAAGAAAAGAAAGAUUGACGGCAGACCCUCAGAUGGAAAAUCCACAAGAUUGCAUGUACGCUCGUCCCUGGACAAAUGUCACCUGGUGUGGCAGGCCCGCAGCAGAACGAGUAGGACGCCUGGUUUCGGCAUUGGUGUGAUGGUGCGGCAGUUUCGGGCUAUGAUAUCAUUGUUGUGCAUUCUGGUACCUAUCAAAGCUUAUCGGCGGUCCCUCUCGGCGCGUUGAUGGUGGAUUAGU